AUUAUUGUUCGUUUUCUUCGUCUUUGUCUUCUUGAUUCUGAGUCUGAAAACAAUGAAACGUUGAAAGGGAGGAGAGUGCGAAAUUUGGAAUGUUUUUGGGUUUGUUCAUUGAUUUCCGCAAAUGAAGUGCUUCUACUUCUCCAACGCAGAGGACGAAGAUUGCGUGGCAGCGGCACCGAGUUCGCGCGGUUCCACUUCGCGUGUGUCGUGGGCGCGUUCGCUCAGUCUCAUGGACACGCGCAGCCGCUCCAACUUCGACUCCGACUCCACGGAAUUCUCCGAUACGGUGGACUUCCAUCACUUCCUGGUGCAGCGCCGGGCCAACGACCUCCGCAUCUUCCCAUUCUCAGCGCUGAAGUUUGCCACGCGCGGGUUCAACCGCGCCCUCCUAGUUGGCGAGGGGGGGUUUGGGUCCGUGUACCGCGGCGUGGUGGAGGAAAAGGAGGUGGCGAUCAAGCAGCUGAACCGCAACGGGCAGCAGGGGCACAAGGAGUGGAUCAACGAGGUGAAUUUGUUGGGAGUGGUGAAGCAUCCUAAUCUGGUGCGGUUGGUAGGGUACUGCGCUGAGGACGAUGAAAGAGGGAUCCAGAGGCUUCUGGUUUAUGAGUUUAUGCCGAAUAAGAGCUUGGAGGAGCAUCUCUUGGCACGAGUCCCUUCCACGGUUCUGCCUUGGGGGACCAGGUUGAGGAUUGCGCAAGAUGCGGCUCGCGGUUUGGCUUAUCUUCACGAAGAAAUGGAUUUUCAGCUAAUAUUUCGGGAUUUUAAGACGUCCAACAUCCUGCUGGAUGAAAACUUCAAUGCAAAGCUUUCUGAUUUUGGACUGGCUAGGCAAGGACCUUCAGAAGGGUCCGGCUAUGUUUCAACAGCAGUUGUUGGCACCAUAGGUUAUGCUGCACCAGAGUAUGUUCAGACUGGUAAGCUAACUGCUAAGAGUGAUGUGUGGAGCUUUGGUGUAGUUCUUUACGAGCUUAUCACUGGGAGGAGAGCUGUAGAGAGAAACCUACCUAAAAAUGAACAGAAGCUUUUAGAGUGGGUUAGAUCUUAUGUUUCUGAUCCUAGGAAGUUCCAUCAUAUUGUAGACCCUCGACUUAAGGGGCAAUACUGCAUCAAAUCAGCCCAUAAACUUGCAAUCCUGGCAAACAAAUGCCUCACAAAACAGCCGAAGUCUCGCCCAAAAAUGAGUGAGGUGGUUGAGUCUCUUGGAAUCAUUAUUAUUGAGACAGAUACUCGGGAUGAAGGGUUUCCCCAAGCUGCUGUAACCGCUAGAGAAGAAAAAGAAGUAGAGGAAACUGAACCUGAACCAGCGAAACAAGGGAACAAUUACCUGAAGAAGGUUUUUGAAUUCAAAGACAUGGUCAGCUUAAGAAACAAGUCUAUUGGAAGGUUGGAUUGGAAAAGUUGGGCGCCUGGGCUAGUAAGAAGCUGGUGACUAAGUGACCUUACAGUCAGUCACCUGCUAAUAGCAAAUUCGCAAUGUUUGUUGAUCACAUAGUUUUCAGUCAGUGAAAUCGACAUUGUCAGGCAUACAGUUAACAUGCUGGUAUAUACCCAAUUUUGUAUCAAUUAAUAAUGUUAUGUACAGGUUAACUUUGAGGAAAGCUAUGAUUUAUUAAUGA